AUGAUGAAUAGACAGGUGCCCCACUCUCACUUCAAAAACAAAACUCUACUGCGCACUUGUUGGGAGGAGGAGGAUGAGGAGGAGGUGGAGGAGGAGGAGGAGGAGGAGGAGGAGGAGGAAGAGAUGAUGAUGAUGAUGAUUAUGUGCGGUGUCAAGUGGUAUACGGGCCGCCUCGCGAUCAACCCAAAGAGGAUAAUGCGGAGGUAACUGAGGAAACGACCUUGAGUUAAAUAACUGACAGAUAAAACGACCACCGCAAUGUUAUGUGCCAUUUCAAUCCUAAAGGAAGUGAGCUGCACUAUGGACAACCUGAAACAGCGGCCAAUAGGGGAAAGCCUAUUGAGCAAAAUUGAAGAGGGUCGCGAGAUGCGACCAACACAACUUUAACGGGGAUUCUGUGGCUUUCAUUAAAAGGCGGGAAGAGAACAUCAAGAUGAGUGUCAAGGUCAGUCGCGGAAACGCGUUUGAAAAGAAUCAGUUGCACAGAGUCUCCGGGAAAAAACUCUUCUCAGCCAUUGCAGAAAAUUCCAAUCGCCUGAAUGAUUGGUGGGAUAGAGGACAAACGUGUUUACGGAGCCGACGGGAAAUUUCAGAACGCUUCGGAGGCCAACCUUUUGGUCAAAGAUUAAAAGCCCACCAAAAUCCGGUAAUGUGCAACUCUGAUGGGUAAUCAUUGAAGACGAAGAAGCAAGAUAAACAGCACAAAUAAUCUUGGCUCGGUUAUGUUUGGUCGUGUAGCCCCACCAGCGGUAGGAAGGCCCUAGGCGCCUGCAAAACGGGAAUGGUGGCAAUAGGGGUUUUAUGGGUAUGGCCUUAGGACAGGCCAACGGCAAUGCGGAAAUGUAAAAAGGCAAAGGCAGUCAUAGUCGGACAUGUGAAGGCAGUUUAAAGGAGGUGAAAUUCGAAUACUUAGUAUAAAACUUAAAAGGUUAUGUUGAACAAUUCGCGGAAACAGUUCGGAUGUACGGUACAAGGAAAAAAUGAAACGGGGAACGCAUUGCUAAGGUCGAUCCGCAAAGUGUUCAAAGAAAGUGGUGGGCGAUCGUGACGAGGACGCAGAACAAAGCGAAGAAACGGUCACGAGAAGCAGUAACGCAACUGAAGUGACGUAAGUGUGUCGUGGAAUUUUUAAUUUAAAAGAGGGGAACCCAAAAUGAAGGAGUAGCCCAUGAAACCGUGAAGUCAGUUGUUGAACGGGACUGAGAGUGCUAAUUGAUUGCGCAGUCCCGAGGGUUUGAAAAAUGGAUGCAUGCAAUCGGAUGAAUAAAUAUUUUUAAAUAUUUCAUUUGCAGACCAUAAGUGAGCAAACCGAGCACAAUGUGGGAACGCGGUUGGACAAAGCCGCGAAGGUUACCAAAGUGCAAGAGGCAAUCAAUUCACCUCACAGAAUACAGCAUUUGCAACAAGAAGGACUGCCGAAAUCGAGGGUACUAUGCCAAUGACGCGGACCAAUUACGCUGCAAGUAUUGCGACAGCAUACGGAUGGUUGUAUGUCAAAGUAUGCCAGUAUACCCAAGUGGGCAUGGCUUUAGAUGCUGUCGAUUCAGAACAAGCAUUUCUAAACUGCGACUAUGGACACAUUUUACGGGUUCUUGAAUGAACGCAGUAGAAGAACCCAACACGACGUGAACUGAUCACCUUCUUAAAAAGUUUGGAAUGGAAUCAUCUGAACGAUUGGGAUUAAGAUAAAAGAACUGUUUUACGCUAGAUAACCUAUUUUCAAAAUAGACCGAGAUACCGAUUUGGGCUGGUGCGGUUUUUGACAAAAGCAGGUUGACAUUAAUGAAGGUAAUGCAUACCUGCCGGACUUUUUCCGAAGGUGCUGCGGUGAUUAAGUGUGCGACUUCCUUUAGCAUAAACCGCACAACAACAGUAAAAUAGUACAGCACCCGGCAGGGUGCGUGCUCGAAAACACUCAUGGACAAGGUGAAGUAAAUUGGGAGGAACUUUCCUCAGGCACAGAGCAAAAUCGUUUCAUGCUAAUGGCGCUCAACAAACACUGCCGCAAACGUCUCGGCAAGCAGACCCGUAAGAUGAUAUAUGACUCGGAUAGUGAAAACGUGAUGAAUAUGCUGCAGAAAGGCAGCGCGUGGGAACGGAUAUCCUGCGUCUUUCGUAAGCCCGGCCCAUUUACAUCACUAAGCAACUUCACAUCGGGAGGUUGUGUGGUACAUGUAAUUCAUUAGUAAAAUUUUGCUGAAUAUGUCAAGGACACUCUUUCUAAGGGAAACGCGCGCAGAUCACCCCGCCGAAGCACCUCGGUGACGUAACCUGGCCGUACGCACUCACUGAAGUGUGAUCGGAAAGGGGUAAAGCCGUUGCCACCAGUAGCCUAGCCACUCGCUGGAUUAGGAAGGAACGUGACAGCAUGGCCAACUGGAAGCCAAGUCCAAGUCCCAACUUUGCCUACUCAAAAUCGAUUAACUGUACGCAUGUCUCCGCGCCCCGUCCUUCUCUUCCCCCUUGUGACACGGCUCUACCUAACCCUCGCUGACUUACUGCUUCCUCUCCCCUACCUUCUCUCACCUCCAUUCACAUAGCCCGUUUGCAUGAAAAGACGAGCCUUAAUCGACUGCUCUUAUCACUGACAGGUUUCUCUUUGCACAUAGUUCCCAUAUUAAUGUACAGGUUAGAUGAGAAUUUAUGGAAAGCACGCGUAUGCUCGUCAUAUGCUCUCCUGAAUUACCCAAUGGGAAUUUUCGCAACUUUACAUACUCAAAAAUAAUUAAAUAGGUUGACCGUAUGUCGUUCGUCGGGCGCGGCUGCGGGAUCAAACCUUACCAUUGGCCCUAUCGAACUAUGCACAAAAGUCGAUCUUCAGUAUGCUUGGAGGCGAUUAAUCCUACACUUACACGCUCGCUGAUACUAGAUAAGGCAUACAGGAUUUGGUGACGAAAGUGCUGAUCGAGAUGGUUUCGAUACACCGAGGUGAACCAAUACAAGUACAGCAAGUAUAGUUGUGCACAUAUGUUGUUGGGGGAUACGAUGAGAAUGUGGGUACGUUAGAACGUUAAGCGACCUCGUCAGUGGUUCUGUGUGCCUGGUCUACGAUCCUGAUCUACCGGAGUGCUUUCUAUACUCCGAAGACAUGUUUGGUUUCAAAGACCCGAGAUACUAUGUAGUUGUUUAUUGCGCUGCCUUCAGAAAUUGUGCUUACAAAGUAGACAGUAUCUUCCACAGCGCUAUGACCAUUAUAUAUGAUGGGCGUCACUGGUGAUUUCUCCGGACUCAAGUUACUGGGAGAGACCAUUGGCGCAGUAUGCUGGCUAGUUGGCGUCAGCUCGCAAAUUGUGAUUGCUUUAUUCAUGUCCCUUUAGUGGCUCAAUGAGAUUUAGGCUGAGCUGAAUGGUUGAUUCCUUGUUGAACUUUAGGGAGCAGUGGCCGGUAAGAAGGCCUUUGGUACUGUAUUAGAUAAGUUGGUACAGGUACACAGUCUAUACCUUCUGAAGAAUUUCCUGUCAGUUCGGUAGCUGAUGUACAUACCAGGAUGUUGGCGAGAGUUUAGAGAGUAAGAGCCAAGCAGGGUUAGCUUGAGCAAGUAAUGACUUUUUGUCAGUAAUACUGGCAUGCUCGUCCCACCCUGGGCAUUAAGUUUCCUGAAUUUAUUAAUUACUCUCUAGAGUCCGCAGUUUGUCUGAAAUCAUUAGAAACUUCACAAGAUUCGCGGAUGAAUUUCGGAGUCGUUCCAUAAAGAGCCUUUUUAAACGCUAAGUUGUAACGAGAUCGGCUACAUACAGAUCCAGAGAACGCUGCUAAUUUAUGGUAGUUCAUUCAAGACAGUAUGGGGCCGAGCUGCACGGUUGUGUACUGACUAAAAAUCGUUUUGCUUUAGUGUGCUAAAAUACAUCCGUAAACCUAUGCACAACUUUCAAUAACAAUUUGACGUCAAGGUGUAUCCUCGGGGCUGAUGUGUAUCGUCUUAUUUGACUGAUGUAUAUAACCUGUGAAAAUUGAUCUCUUGCGUCCAAGGAUAGAAAGAUACAUAUCCAACAGGUGCAUCAAUUUGAACAAAAACGACAUACAAGGGCACAAUGCGAACCUCUCCCAAGCACAGAAAAUCAGCCCCGAACCUUAAGCAAGACUCAUACCGAAUCUACAAGUCUGUUGCACUGCUGUAAAGAAGUCAUCUUUGAAGAACCUCGCCGACACCUAACAACUGGCAAGGUUUCUUCAUUGUCCAUUGACACGGACUGAACUGAGACAUUUUCAAACCCGCUGCAGUGCCAGCCGGUCCAACCUAUCUCUCACGUCACAAAACACCACCGCAACAUCACAAAUGCCACGAAUUUCCUGCGCAAUCACAAAAUACACGCAUAAUCACAAUCCACAUUAACAAUGUACACAGUUCAAACUUCUGUCCAUUGCGACCGCACAUUCGGUCACAAGCGCACUCAUAAAAAGCACGAGGAUGGAACACAGUUUGGACCCAACAACCUUUCCGUCCUGUGGAGGAUGCUGUCGACAGUGAUUUCCGGCUCAUAUUUCAAAAUAUCAAGUCCAGUCGCUCUUGGGCGUGGUGGAGGUCUUCCGUUCGUUCUUCCAGAACUGUACUGACACCAUCUAGCCUCCGACAAGUCCAUUUAAGUUCUUAGGGAUUCGCUCGAGUUUCCAACGGACGUCAUCACCGUCUUUGGAAAGGUGACGAUAGUCGUGGCCGACACUACACCUUUGGCACACCCACCUCCUGGUGCAAUUACCUGCCUCAUUAUCGGCAUCGGUGAUUCGUCAGCAGUAACUGGCAGGUUAAACUUAACUUCCAGUACUUUUUUUUAAAACACCAUUGAUUAGUAAGGCUCGCAGCGGCAUAUUUGGACGGAGGCUGCUAACCGUAAAGUACAUUCGUCGUUUCCUUUGGAGCAUCGACCCAUGCACCAAAAACCCCUAACCUUCGUUGUCCGGCCCCAUGCUAACAAGGUCGAUCCCCGGGCUGGGCUGACCAAUACUUCGUCCAUGUCCUCCAUUGCCCCUCUUUGAUUCGCUUGCAUAAAAUGACGCCGCCCCUGUUUCGCUGGUUAAAAAGACGUUUUCAGCUUCCCAAUUCAGACGGCGAAAUUCCCAAUGGCGUCUCCACCUAUUGCCAUUGAUCUUUUACGCAUCCACCCCUUCAUUGCAUGUCCUGUUUCCCAGCACAGCCUCCUUCAUAAAGAGAGAGUCGAGAUAAAAACAAGCUGGUCUCUGACAAUUUGGUCUGAACUGGCAUGAAAAAGGACGGGCUGACAUGGACACAAGUACGUCUAUGCUGUCAGCUUUGGAUGGUUCAGCAAAACAUCAAGGUCACAUUCACCCAAUCCCCAAGCCCCGAUGCAAGAUCCAGGCAGGUUCAGUCAGUCAGUCAGUUAGUCAGCGUAUUUGAGGGAAAUAGGCUUACGCCUUUCAACUCCCUAUUUGUACAUAAAAAUCGAUACAUAACCAAAAUGUGAAGAAAUUACAGCAUUAGAUGAAUGCAGACAUUGAUUCACAUAUGUCACUUGUCUCAUGGCUAAAAAGUCACAUAAUCCGCUUGUUGCUGCAGCAUAUGUCUGUCAAGCCGGCAUUUAAAUGUCGCCACAGAUUGAGACAUGACAACCGUCUCGGACAGGUUAUUCCACGGUUCCACGACACGAUUGGAGAAGAAAUACUUCCUCACAUUCAGUCUACCCUGGGGCACACGUAGUUUGAAGGGAUGUCCCCGGAGGUUAGUUGUUGUGACGAGUUGGAAAAAGUUAUCGCACCGAAGGGCGCAGUCCAAGCCACGCACGAUAUGGAAAGUUUGUAUCAAGUCUCCGCGCAACUGCCUAUAACUCAGAGGAUAGAGAUUGAGGUUAGUUAAGCGAAUCUCAUAUGGCAGUGUACUUUGACCUCUUAUUAAUUUUGUUGCUCGCCUCUGCACCCUUUCGAGCAGAUUGUAAUCCUGAUGCGUCCACGGUCUCCAGGCCUGAAUUGCAUAUUUGAGAUUUGGCCUUACAAAAGUGCCGAAGACUUUGGAGAAGCAAUCUUCAUCGAAAACUGCGAAUGCCCGCUUGAUGGCAUAUGGCAUUGAAGUUGCGGCCUUGGCCGCCUUACAGCAUUGUGUAGAAAGUUUAAGGGUGUCUGCGACCCAGACCCCGAGGUCUUUCUGAACUUCUGCAUCUCUAAGUGUUAUUCCGUUCAGAUGGUAUUGCCGCGUACUAGCAGUCUGAUUUCCGAGGCGCAGCAUAGUAAAUUGGUUCAAAUUGAAGGAUAAGAGCCAUCUGCGGGACUACUCGUCCAAUCGACAAAGAUUUUCUUGGAAGUUGGUCUCAUCGGUAGCAUUCUGGAUAACUUUCCAGAUUUUUAUGUCAUCCGCAAACAUGGUACUAUCACAGUCCAACCCAUCUACACAAUCAUUAAUGAACAAGAGAAAGAGGGUUGGCCCGAGCACCGAGCCUUGUGGGACUCCACUCUCUAUGAAUGUGCAUCGUGAUUGUUGUCUUUCUACGCAGACAAUUUUGGAGCGGCCGACGAGGAAGUUUUCGAUCCAUUUGAGAAGUUUGCCGCCGAUGCCCAUUAUUCUCAACUUGUGCAGGAGACUCUGGUUCGGAAAACUGUCGAACACCUACCGGAAAUCAAUAUAGGCCAGGUUCACAAAGUGUUUUCCGUCCAGUGCUUUUGUCCAUCUUUACAUUGUAUAUAGUAAGUUCAUUACACAUGAUCUUCCCCUACGGAAACCAUAUUUUGCAUUGGACAAGAGGUUGUGGCUUUUCAGGUAAGCCAUCAACUCCUUUUUGAUGAUUUUCUACAUCACUUUUCAGCAGAUUGAUGUUAGACUGAAGGGUCUGUAGGUUGUUGCAAGAGCACGACUACCGUUUUUGUGAAGUUAUGUAACGUGGGCCGUCUUCCAGUCUGUGGGAAGGAUUCCAGCGUCAAACGAUUCCUGGCACAGAAAGGAUCAUCAGAGAGAUAGUAAUCCCUAUCUCCAGCGAUGUUCAAAGUAGCCCAUCAACGUCCUGGACUGCCUGGACGAGUUUCUGCGGACGUUUUUCACAGUCUUUUGACGACCGUCCGUCUACGAGCCUUGUCUGGAGAACGUCAUUCGACUUGCACUCAUGUAUUCCUUAGUUCUUACCCAGUGCGCCGGUCACUCCAGUUUGCCUAUCACAGCCGUUUUCGGGGCUUUAAGAUUUUCCGCAUCCAGAACUGUAAGAGGAAUGGGGGCCGAUAGUGUCGACCACCUGAAGACUGCCUUUCCCGACGUUGGUCGGGAUAUGUUCCACACUCUCCUGCUCCUGCUUUACCAGCUGCCUUGUUCGUUGUCACACCACCUUCCCUGUUACCAACCGCAACUGUAUCCUCCUCCGCUAACUCCCUUAAAGCAAAACUCACUCAAAUUCCUCAUCCGUUUCAUCAUCUUCUAACUCUCGCCCAAACAUCCUCACUCUCCACACAGCUCGUAGUAAAUACCAUUUUCAUCUAUCUGAGUGUUUUGUUAUUCAAGCCUUAUAGCCAAUAAAAAUUUUUGAGACGCCGUUCGAUGUCACUUUUUAUUACCCACAUGAGGUACUUUUGCAGUUCAAACUCUGUAUUCUUCACAUCCGCGUAACGAAACCUGAAGAUGAUCGACUAUCCACUUUCACUGACUAACCGAAGACGAGCAUAGUUCGGGAGGCUGCUCUUAUCGCAGCACCCUAGGCCACGAGUGUGCCAUGGCUACCACGACCUUCAGGCCCGGUCUCGAACGGAACGAGAAGUUGUACGCCAGUUGGGAAAUGCGUAUAUCUCAUAAAGAGCGGAGGAGUGGGUUGGCGAGAGUUGACAACCGGAUGAGGGCAUGUCCAGCACCGGGUUGGCGCCGUCCCUCAGUGUCCGGCAGGACAUGCGUCAUCUUAAGACAGGCUACGCCUUACCCAACUUUGAAUCUAGUUGUUCGGUUGGAAAGCCGAGUGAGUGAGUGCUAGACAGCCCUGGUGCGCGCGUGCAGACACUCGUGAGAGGCCCAGCGCUGAGACAGGCGAACAGAGUAGGACCUUUACACUCUCACUUCGUGCUCUCAGGACAACGACUGCGGUUGGUGCUGGUGGCUAAGGCGAACAUUGUUCUACCAAUUCUGCCUCCCCGUCUUCUGAACUGACGAACUCGUUGGUGUCGACCAUCACAGUCCGAAAGGGUUAACCCCAAGAUCUCGCAAAACCAUUCAUGAAGAUUGUUUCCUGACAACGGUUGUUCCUGAAGGAAGAAAGAGCUUUGAAACUUUACAUCAGGGGGUGUUUCCUCUGCAGAACUGCAAAACAACCGAAAGAUUAAAAAUAAGAGAACCAACUGUGAAUUUAGGGGAAGCUUGACCAAAGGGAGACGCUGGAAAUCAGAUAUCUUCAACCAGUUCAGAACAACGGUUUUUUUCUGUGGCCGAAACAGGUCACGAUGAAUACUGUACUUAACUAUACAGAAUAGUCUCAGCUCCCGCUGCUGCGUAUGCUACGGUAAGGCACGGGGAUAAGGAACUGUAUUCAGAAAUCGUAUCCACUUACUUUAUGUUGGCACCCUGAUAUACGCUGGCAAUAAAAUCUGGGAGUUUUCUACCAAAAAUUUAGUUGCAAAGGUUUUGGCUAUUGCUUGCCUAUCACGGCUCGCCCAACAUUCUUCAUAACACUCUACUUAUUCAAUAACUGUGAAUUAAGUAUUAUACAAACUCUGUGUACCUCGUCUAAAAUUCUAAAAUAAAUGUAAAAUUUAUUCUUACUUGCUAUGAUAGAGCACCCACGAGUCAUGAAUGAACAUUAUUAUUAUAAUAAUAAUUAUUAUUAUUAUUACGGUAAAACGGAGGGAUACCCACGAGACUCGUUCGUGGCUCACCACUUUCCCAAAAACUUUCACUUUGGAAGUUUUCGAUAGUAUUAUUUUUUUCAUCGAAAGUAUCGUAUGCUAAAGGACAUAUGGCUGGCGAAAGCAAAACAGGUUUCUUGCUAUACAUGGGAAAAUUUAUAAUUUUCACUGUUCAUCUGGCAGCUCAGGCAGGCCAUUUCUGUCCCCAUUGUGUCAUUUUACCAACCGACUCACCGCUAACUUUGUCUGGAUGGUGCCCUGGACGCCCAGAGCACAGAGCAAUGAUGCCAGCACUUGACCCCUGCCAUUGUGUUCACGCUGCCAACGACGUUUCGAGCACGGUUCAUCGUCUUCGGACAUCUGCGGAUCCAGUGCAAUGUCAGCCCGACCAACCUUUUUUCAGUUUCAGUUUAUUUGAGGGAAAUAUAGGCGUUGAACCUUUGAACUCCCUAUUUGUUACAAGAAAGCAAACUGUAUGAAAAAUUUGAAAAUGGAACUAUCAAGCAGCUACAGAGUUUCUUCAGAUUGGUUAAGUUCUCGAAACCAAACAGAUAAACAAAUCGUUCCAAGAGUUAAAAACAUUAACGUUACUAAAUGUGCUGUACAGUAGUCUGUCUAUGGAUAAUUGGUGUUAUCUCAGUUUCAGAGGGAGACGAAGUAAAUGCCAACACACAUCCCACAGACGUGGGAAAAUAAAAAACAAACGUUACUGAAAUACAGGCAGUAAUAUAACAACAUUAAUGAAUUGUUCGAACGAAAUGUUAGACGAUGUCGGUCAGGUGACAUUAUGACGUUUAGUGGUACACUGGUUCAACUUGCGCUCAAAAGCCUCGACGAACGUGGACAUGACGACAUCUGCAGGCAGGUCAUUCCAAGCCUCGAGCACUCUGUUUGAAAAUAAGAACUUCCGAAUGUCCAUUUGGGCGCUAGUCACACGCAGUUUAAGUGGAUGACCUCGGAGGUUCAUAUUGGUCGCUAACUCAGAGAAAUCAGCAGGUAGGAGACAGCAGUCCUGGCCGCGCAGUAUACGGAAUAUUUGUACAAGAUCGCCUCUUACCUGUCUGCAAAUCAGUGGAAAAAUGCCGAGAUUGGACAGUCGUGUUUCAUAGGGCAGUGAACCUUGCGUACUUACGAUUUUGGUUGCCCGCCUUUGAACUUUCUCAAGGAUGCUGAUAUCAUUAGAGGUCCAGGGUUUCUACGCCUGAAUAACGAACUCUAGCUGCGGCCGUACAAAUGUCCGAAAGAAUUUAACGAAGCAGUCCUCAUCGAAGGUAUGGAAAGCUCUUUUGACAAGAUAAAAGACUGACAGCGUGGACUUGGCUACCUUGGAGCAGUGGGCCGACGGUUUAAGAGAAGCCGUUAUUCACACACCCAAGUCUUUCUGGGCAUCUACCUCCUGCCAUAGUACGAAAUUAAGUCGCAAACCCUCCGGCUCAGUGAUCGGGUCUUGCCGACUCGCUAAACAUUGCACUUAGUCACAUUAAACGGCAAAAGUCAGUCCUGUGACCAUCUCUCGAGUCGCGUUAGGUCUGCCUGCAAGCGCUCUUCGUAAAAUUCAGUUCGGAUGAUGCUCCAAAGUUUAACAUCAUCAGCAAACAUGGUGACAUCACAAUUCAGUUCACUCACGCAGUCGUUGACUUAUGUAAUGAACAGGGCAGGGCCAAGAACGGAGCCUUGAGGAACACCGCUUUCAACCACUGCCUUUGCUUACUGCCCGUCGCCGAAAUGGACGAUUUAAGAGCGACCUAUCAAGAAACUUCGUAUCCACCUCAGGAGAUUACCCCUUAUGCCUGUUCGGCUUAAUUUGCACAGGAGACGCUGAUGUGGUACACUGUCGAAUACUUUCUUAUAGUCGACGUAGACUGCGUGCACCGCAUUGUCGUCAUUGACUGCCCGGGUCCAGCGAUCUAAACAAUAAAGUAUGUUUUUCACGCAGGAUCUGCCUCUAAGAAAUCCGUACUGGUCAUCGCAUAGCAGAUUAUGCUCUUCUUGAAUGUGCAUUGUUUCUCGCUUAAUUAUUUUUUUCCAUAAUUUUGCAGCAAAUUGAAGUAAGGCUGAUUGGUCUCUAGUUGUUUGCUAUGACCUUGCUACCGCCUUUAUGAAUUGGUGUGAUCCGCGCGGAUUUUCAACCGGCGGACAAAUAGCCUGCUUCGAACGAAGCUUGGAAGAGCAAGGAUAGCGGUUAAGCUAGUUCUCCAGCAAGCUCUUUCAACAAUUUCGGCAGUAUCUCAUCCGGCCCAGGUGAUUUAUACUCAUUCGGCUUCAGCAGUUUUUUGCGAACAAUAGCUUCGGCGAAAGAGACGUGCUCAAUCGUUGACCCCUCCACUAUGUCGCAGUCAGGCUGAAAAAUGCGCUUUCCUUCGUAAAGAUGGACUUAAAAAUUGUGAAAAGUGCUCUGCCUUUUCUUCGUCAUCACUGAGUUCUAGGUCGUCACUAGUUUUCAAUGACGGGAUUGGGUCUCCGUUCCAUGUGCUUCCUCUUAUAUAACCAUAGAAUAACUUCGGAUUUUCUGCGGCUCGAUUCAGUAGGUCUUUCUCGAAAGUACGCCGCAUCCCGAGGAUUAGCCUCCUAACUAGGUUCCUCUGUGCUUUAUAUGCAUUCAUCAACGCAGAGCUCCUAUCCAAGAGGAAUUUUCUCCAUAACCUCCGCUUUUUAUUCACUUCCUUUUUUAAAGCUUGCGUCAGCCACGGGGGUCUGCUGUUCAGUUUCUUCCGUGAAAUAGGGCAGUCGUAUCUGAGAAGAAAUUGCAAUAACUUACUAAACCAUUCAGAAUCCUUAAUUAUGUCACCAGAAAAAGCUGAUUCCCAGUUUAUGGUGGUUAGUUCAGCUUUCAUUUUAGCAAAGUCACCGCGCCAAAUGUGCCUUCUAACCGUGGUGGCUUCUUCGGGCAGAGAAAAAUGGAGUACUCCCACAACAGUACGACGUGGUCGCUUCGACCUAUGGGAGGUAGACAUUGCACCUCAUCAAUGCUGUCCAGUGACUUCAAAAGGAGCAGAUCUAUUCAGUCUGGCUGUUGCCGUUCGCGCACCCUCGUCGGAAAAGAGACGUGCUGAGUGAGAAAUAACCUGAGGGUCAUGUCCAGCAAACGUCGGUCGAAAGCAUGGUGCGGACCAGAUGCAUAGGCUGAACUCCAGUCAAUAAGAGGUGCGUUGAAGUCCCCAUGGUUAAGACUUCGGACCGGAUAGAGAAUCUCUCCAGGCCCUCAAUCGAACGGACGUCCGGCGUGGGAUUAUUUCUCGGCGGUCGGUAGGCCGUCAGGAGAUCAAGGCUCGGGGAACCCGGUGCUUUUAUAGUUAGACAAAUUGCCUCAGAAGUACACUUAAGUUUAUCUGUUUUGUCUGAGACAAUAAGCCCGCGUUUUACAUGCGUGAGUACGCCUCCGCCCUGACGCCCUCACGGUUGUCCACCUGCUGGUUCAGCCAAGUUUCUGUAAGUGAUAUUAUAUCCGGGGAUAGAUCAGACAGAUGGAUCUUUCGCUCGUCGACUUCCCAUAACAUGCUCUGUACAUUUGUAUAUAGGAAUUUCAGUUUGCUAUUUAUAGCUGUCAGAGAAGUAGUUUCGAUUCGCUGGUGUCACCAAUGAGGACACUCUUGCCGACCUCCAGAACAAUAUUCUCACUGCAACCCUCACCAACAAUGUGGGCUUAACUCAAACCUGUUACCACUGCGAUAGCACUUUCUCAUCACUCAAAGGUCUAGUCGAUCACUUGCUAAUCUAUCGCAGUGCAUGUGAACUUGACAUACACGCACCCGUCGUACGUGCAUGAUUCAUUACCCCAUCGAGUACGUUAGCUCGCGGCGAGCUCGCUUGCUAUUAGGGCAUGCACCCUCUGCUUAUAAUGUCCCAAGAUAUUCAGACGCCAACUGGGCAUAAAUGGUUAUUUGACGGGAAAUUCAUCGAAAUGUUAGCAUGACGAAUCUGACCCCUACACUUAGAGACUCCUUUACCACAAGCAUCACCAUCGAUAAUAACGUCGCCACGCCACCACCAGCUCAGCAACCACAGUCCUAUCCUAUGGCCACUGCCACCGCAUGUUUGCAUCACUUAUCAACCUGCUACGGCACUCGCGAAUCCAUGGCACUGAGGGAGGCGUUCCAGUGCCAAGCACCCCGCCGCAACCGUCUCAUCUGCCAACACUGCCCAAAGAUAUUUCAUCAUUUCACGAAUCUUUUUAGUCGUAGGUACUUUCAUGAAAACAUGCAGUUGAUGACCAGAGACGUUACGCUUCCAACACAUCUCGUUCCACCAGUCUAGGUGCCACACUCCCAUCCCCUAACAAUACCUAAGACACAUGGACAGAGCAUUCGACGCUCAUGUCGGAGCAAAGUAUGCCCUUUGCCGCAACCUGGUGUCUGACCGGGUCACGUAUGGCACAUGUAGAUAGACUGUUCAAGCUGUCAGUUACUGCGCUUAGUCCCAAAUCCAGAUGACUGAUCGGAUCAGACGGUGGGAUUUGCAUGUGAGAAGGAAGAGGGAGUAAGCUGCGCACCGGAGAAUCUGCGUCCGCGGCAUCAAAGCAAUACAAUAAUUAUGGUAGUCUGAUUAUAUCAUGAUGCGCUAAGGGUCGUGGCUUGAAUUGAUACCAGUCAAAUCGACAACUCGGUUGUCAAGGUCAGUACUGUGUGUACGUGGGGUGCCUGGAUCGAUAACUUGGAGACAGACUCAGUGGUUCCUUCGUGAUACGGCUCCAGUAGCACCCUAACGAACGUGAAAUCGAAGCUCCCGUUUCUGUGAAAGCCAGAUACAUGUUCCUCAGACAAGGUCGUACGUAACACGCGUAAACUGGUCAGUCAGCUCUGCCAACAAAUGCGUCCGUGUCCGCCUACUAUCACCUUGACAUCGCCUGGCCAUCGGAGAACGGUAGAUGGAGAGAAGAGGUUCCUGUAGACGCAGUGCAAGCCAGCCUCCCUGUAAACUACUUCGCCCGCAAAUCACCUGUGCGCAGCUCUCGACGGCCGGCCUCUCGUUCACAUCAAAACAGGCGUUCUAAGAUAAAACAUAGAAAUAGGAACCACCACUGUAGCACUGGUGAUUAUGGACUAGAUCCGGGAAGGAUACUUACCACCGUCUCCUAACACUAAUCCUCGCCCAAGUCCUAAACUUAACCGAAUCCCUAACCUCAACCCUAACUCUAAACUUAAAUUCAACUUGAACGCAGAUCCUAACACCGACCCCGUCCUUUAUUUCUCAGGACUACAGCAUAUGACCCUCUAUAUUGCGGGAUUUAUUCCUUUACCCUACAUUUUCACUAUUUAAUUAAUUUAAAACUGCACCGACACUAUCAGGUGGACGUCAGAUAAUGUUGUGAACAUGUUUCAAGAUACCUAAACCGAAGACAGAGAAAUGACAUAAGACUAAUAAGCCUAUUGUUUCGGCAAUCGCGUCCUUAUCUUCUUUGGUCGCCCUGUUUGGACAAGAUAUGGCGGAGGCUGAAGUACAAUCGAGCUCGAAAAUCAAAAUGGUCAUGGUUGCUUAGCCGUUUGGACUGUUCAACGGAUACUCUAGCGGUCAGAUGUAGUCGCCUUGCUUUAUCAGACGCCUUUAUAUCACGAGUAGAUAAAGCAGUAGACGCCAUUAUCGCCAAUAAGUCAGUUUAUUAAGGGAAUACUGACUUUUGCCCUAGAGCUCCUUGUUCAUAUCUAUAAACAGAAAUAGAAUCACUUGCUACAUCAGUAACUUUGGAAAUUCAAGUCAACGGUAAGUGCGAGCCUAGCGCUAACUGCCGCCGCUAAGACAGUCAUGAUUAUAGGUAAAGUAGUUUCUCAGCAAAUGAGCGUCUUGUCUGUACUCAAAGGAUUCAACAGUUUCGGAAAGAACCACCGCAUCAGGGAGUCCGUCCCAUGCCCCAAUGACCCUCUGCGAGAAGGCGUUCCGUCGGACGUCAGUAUGGGUCGGAUUCCUCUGCAGUUUAAAGGGGUUGUAGUGACCGAGGACGUCAAGGGUUGCACACACCCAGGUAGCGAAGCGCUGGAAAGAGAUCCUGGCCAAAGUUGAUCUGAAUAGGGUUGUCAGAUAGACACGAUACUCAUCGACACAUAAAGGAUGAAGAAACGUCAAAUGAGCCAGAAGGUAUAAUGAACAGAGAUGGAAAUUGAAAAGGCGUAUAAUAAUAGUGAAUAGUACAGGCAGAACGAGUUACAACUGUGGAGCGCCUGUCUGGAUGGGUAGGCGAUUCCGACUUUCUAGCUAAUUAACCGGUGGGGAGCGCACCGUUGUGAGCAACUGCAGGGAAGGGCCGAGGGAGGUGCUGACGAAGAAAGAUGGCGAGCGAUACGCGCGUCAUGGUACGUUACGGAAAAAAGGGUCGGCGGAAGUGAGUGGAAGGGACACCCGUCAUCUUCACCAGCACGCGGCUACGCCAUCUCCAUCCUAGGUCCACACGUCAAAAAAGUGUUUUCUCUUUCAAACAGCCCCAUCAAAUUCGUGGGAGGUUACAUCGUGAUAACGCAGACGGUUAGUCCCGGCCAAUUUAAAGAAUUCGUCAAAAUUUAGGGCGCACUCGCGGCCUCAGGAAAUCCGGUAAUUUUGCAUGAGGUCGCCGCGCAGUUGCCUGUAAUUGAGAGGAAACAAAUUUCGUUCAGCCGCUCACAGGCACUGCCGCACUCACGGAUCUGCUUCAAAGACGCAAAAAAUUUAAAUGCUUUCUCGAGAUUAACUGUCUGCAAUCUGCAAGGCGGAAUUUACAGCCGGUAAUUACUAUUGUUUAACGCAAUCGCAAUAGUCAAGGUUUGUUUAUACUUUCUGGCGGAAUUUAAAAUAAUUGGUAGAUGAACGAGAACGAAGAUUUCAACGACGAAUGUUUAAGAGAGCAUAAUCGAGUCAGAAGAAAUCAUAAUGUUAAGCCUUUACGCCACAGUCACGCACUUGAUCGAACAGCUCAGGAAUGGGCAGAGAAUUUACUGAAAAAAGACGUUGUAACAAAUAGCCCUUUGUCCAGCCGCGGCGAACUUGGUGAAAGCAUCAGUAAAAGGACAAGUACAAACGAUUCAGUCGAUAUUUCGGGUAAACUGUUUUCCAAAUAGCCGACUUAACUCUUUGCAGGAGCGGAGGUCGUUGCUCAGUGGUAUAACGACAUACAAAGUUACAAUUUUGAGACUGGGGCCGGUGCUGCAGGUUAAUAAAUCUUAUAGUGGUUUGUCAUGGUUAAAGUAUUUGCUUAUUUUAAUUAGACCGCGUUUACAAAUUAAUCUGUAGAUUAAUUGACACACGUUCGGUUAUUUGAUGACGGUCAUCACACGGUCAUAUCCCGAGCAAAGACUGUAAUGUGCAUAGUUAGGCUGAUUCAAAUAAUUGACCUUAAAGUUAUGACUGAAAUAAUAAUUUAAUUAGGCGGGAUUGGUGGCAUGCUCCUACUGUAGUCAAUCCGGAAGCCACUUGUAGAAUGUGUGUCAAAAGGGACGCAGAUUGUGUUUCGCGAAGAUGAUUAGAUGCGCCUUGCCUUUAUAAGAAAAAAGACAAAAUUAGCAUUAAUCGUUAAACCUAGGUUUUCCGUAUCACUUGCAAAGAAAAAGCGUUUCUAUGGGUGCUUUAUUUCCUUGAUAAUGUAAAUGGUCACCAUAAUCUUCUCUGAUUGCUAAGUGCAACGUUAAUCAGUUGGUCGCUGUCUGAUUUCGAGGAUUUACAGAGCCCCUUGUAUUGAGCCUUUGCUAAGAAAGUUAUUAGACAGAUUUCUGCCUUAUUUUUGAUACCUAGAUAAAUAAAUUGGUUUUUGAAGAGGCAGGAAAACCCUGGCAUGCUUACAUUUCCCAAGCCUAUUGAAGAGCUCUUUGACAGUCGUAUUCUGCAUGAGUAUGAGCGUCAAUAAAUAUUUGCUACAAUAUUCGCACAUCUUACAACAGCGUUCACAGCGGUCCUAAUACAUUUUGCAUGUGUUAAAUCAGUUUCAAAUGUGUUUAUGUUGUAAAAGUGCAUUUUCUUUAGGAAAUUUUACACAGAUGGUUUGGGCUCGCACUCGUGAAGUCGGUUUUGGAAAAGCAAGCGCAAGGGGACAGUGUGUUGUUGUUGCUCAUUAUCGCCCACCUGGAAAUAUUCGAGGCCGAUACCUUGAAAAUAUUUAUCCGCCCAUAAGCGCUGAAGAACUUCAACCAAAACAGUCAAAUAUGGGUGAAAAAGGUACGUCCUUGAUAUUAAGUUUAAGCAAGGGUCAUAUUAAUACUCAUAUAUGUGACAUCAAAGGUCUCGUAUUUCACGGGUUUAUGCUGUGUUUCUUUCCAUUCCGACGCUCAUUUCGACGCAUCCUUAAGGUUUCACGUGCAUCUACAAAGCCGUAGAUACGUCCGGUUUGACAGAUGAUUCCAAAAAUACAACAAAUCCGAAAAAUACAUAUCAAAGCGCUCAUAAAAACAGUCCUUGACCACUAAUCCAAAGCAAGUUAAUUAACCAAAUAUUUUUAAUAGCCAAUUGAUAAUUUUUCGUAUAUAUGCCACUGAUCUUUUUAGUCGCGUUUUUGUCAGUUCGCAAAAUUCUUCGGAAUUCUGAUGGGGAGACUUGCCCUUCGGGGAACAAAUUACUGAUUUAAAUUAAGGAUUUGACUUUACGCUCCCUUAGUAGUUGCUUCUGAGAUUUUUUAUAAGCUGGAUUUUAUCCCAUUUGUACAUUCCGGAGAAAAAAGUACAGUUACUGUAUGCUAACUAUUUUUUGCUUAGAUUCAAAGGAAGUCUGGAAAAAGACGUUUACUGAGCGAGAGGUUGAUGCAAAAGGCAAUCAUUUUGAUGUCAAAAAGGAGGUAGUUGAAACAAAGGACAAAGAAGGAAACGUAAGUGAGAACUUGGAUUUCAUCGUAUUUUAUCCCUUACCCUAUAUCAAACAAAGCCUCGCUUUCGUAAAACCUCAAAUACUCCUGUUAUGCGUUUAAAAACUUGCGCAUAAUUUUGCUAGAUUGUCAAAGGCUGUAAAAUAUAGAGGACCAAUCUUCGUUGCAAACGAGUUGCUCAAGUCAAUAGCGCGGCGAAUUUGUCAUGCGGGUGUAUUUUUGCUUUCAAACGAGUGCGACGUAUGUAUUUUACUUCAUUUUACCGUUUUACUUACCACACAUAUCUCGAUAACUCUUUUGCGAAAUUUACAGAUACAUCGACGAGUUGUCAGUAGUUACACGAAUUGUGAUCCAUUUUCAAUGAAUACUUCAGAAGCCACGAAACCAACCAGUCCGAGUGAAAGAAUCGUAAGUUUUUGCAACUAUUUGCAGUGUAAGUUAUUCUAGCGACCAAAGCCAAUUUUGGAAAUAAAACGAUGGUGCUUUUAUGACGAAACGCUACUUAGCAUAGGAAAAGGUCAUUUUAAUGGUCCGAUGGAUCUUUUUAUUUGUGAGUGACUAGUGUUUUUUCGCGGAUUUCAUAAAAAGGAUAUCGCGAAAGGUAUUCUUUUAUGGACCAUAAAAGGGACUUUUUCUCACAUGUACGACAUUUUGAUUGUCGCUUUUAGUUGUAUUCAACAGCAACGGCAGCAGCACCACCUCUGUCAUCAAUCAAACACGAGGAGUUUGUGCAAGAAAUUGUGGCAACCCAUAACUGGUAUAGAGAAAAGCACGGAUCCCCAGACCUCGUCCUGAGUUCGGUAGGUUAACAGUCUGCGUCAUGUUUCCUCAAUGCCGGAGCACAUAAAAGUCGUUUAACCAGCGUACUAAGUUUUCUCAUAAUAAGAGUCAGAGAAAUUUUGGACUUUUGUGACAACUACACGUGUGCUCUGUAAGAGUGCGCAGUGUGUGCGUGUGUGUGUGUGCUAAAUGUGCGCCUCUCAUGAAGGGCGUGGUGCAAUUUACGUGUCUGCGCGGGCUAGCGCGAAUUGUUGUUGUUCCUAGUAAGUCGGAGGGUGCCACUGUCGCGCCUUGACAUACAGGACGUCGUUGUUUAGGUCCCGCGAGUGUGAAAAUAGAACAAAUACUUCCUGGUGAUCAAACGCGCCUCUAGACCCCAAAAAAUUGCAGGUGCACGUCAACUGCAAUGACCUGCAGUAUUGAAAGAGAGCGCCAGUCAGGACGCAGAAGCAAAGAAACUGGCGAUUACGAAGCCACCGAGUUACAGUCUCGGAUAACUGAACAGCGGCCUAGUGAGCAGUUGCAAGUUUUAAAUUUCAGAGGGCUUCUGGGACUAUUUUACUGAAAUACUUGCGCACCAAAUCAGUACUGUGCUCUGCCCUCGUUCAUCUCUACAAUGCACCCCCUCUCCUUCAAAUGCCAGCGAACAAGUUUUGAACCGGUCGUCGUACGCUUCAACCUAUUGGCUCAGGACGACUAUUUGAACUGGCUGCAGAACAUCACACUUAGGUUGCCUGAACUCUCAAAUUAUUAUAUCUGUAGUUCGCCUGUCUGCUGCAUAUUGCGGAAGGUAAUGGACUUACAUGGUUUAUUUACUUUUAAGUAACUGGGUCCCAGACUAUCGUUUUAUUGCCAGCGAGAGGACGUAUGGUUAACCCUAGCGUCCAGGCUCUGGCUUGUCUACUGGAAAAUUUGACAGGGUGAGAUAGGAGAAGAGCGUUAACCGACCUCUAGCGUGUGUGAACACAUAUGUUGGUGGGGGCUCAGAGAAUAAGGUUUGGGAUCGGUAGUAAUAGGUUGUGGCUACAUAUGUCGCAUCACAGGGAGUAUAGACAAGUACUUGAAGGUCUGCUGCUCAGAAGAGAUUGAACCGUCUACCUCGCACGCACUGACCGUCAGGAUAGGUGCAUGCACUAAGAAAUAUCGUGGUACUUUGUUGAUAGUCAGUCUUUUCAUGACCAUAGUGCGCACUCAUGGCGCGCAACUUCGGUCGAAUACAUGACAAGUUGGGCCCGUGCCUGAUUUAAAAUAAUUAUCCUCACAGUCCAAUUACUGCUGACAGUACCUGGCAAAUCGCACGACUAAAUGUUUAUUGGGUCCCCCAGGGUCGAAUGCAGGCCGAGUCAAAGUCUUGUGUUUCCCUACAGGAACCAGUUAGACUUUACACUUCCACUUCCAUCUAUAGCUCAUCCUUUUGAAGAUAAGGUAAAGUGGUUUACGGAAAGGUAACAGUCAACUUUUUAAAACAUUUUCAAGCAACAUCACUUAAUUUUGGAAAAGGUUGAAGAGCCAAAGCUCGCCACAGCCGUAAGAGUAAGGGCAUCCUGCGUAAAGGUAGAUCCAACAGUUUUUAACAAUCGCCAGUUUUUGGUUGUUAUAAUCAAAGCUGGCGUCCCAUAUCAGUGAAUGUUUCCACUGAGAACGGUUAAAGGGUCGGUGGACGGAGAACGCAUCUCUCACCAGGAGAAGUGUUUCGGUGUGGACCUCAGAAAGGUAGGUCCAGCGCGGUAUAAACUGAACAGUCUGGAAACGGAACAGGAGGUCGCUUUUGACUUAAUUUUUGUCUUAUUCCAAAGAAGAGUUGUUUUAUGAAUAAGCAGAACCUGGGCAAGACUAGUUUUAUUUGUCUGCCUAUCAAAACCUGUCGUUUAGAGAGGUUUAAUUCACUACAGACCACAUAAAACCUAUAUUUUAGACAGGAACUAAUGAUAUUUUGCACCCAUUUGGACAGUAAAACAAAAAUUCACUCACUUUUAUGUAUGUAUAUGGCUAAAAAGCAUAAUGGCGGGACUUUUGCGCAAUGAUCAGAAAUGCAUUUCGUCGCCACAUAUAUUGACGGAAAUUUACACAUAGAAAGUAGGUCUUUUACAUUAUAAAGCAAAAUCCGUGAUGGUUUGUUUUAGCGCCUUUCUAAAAUGGCUCAAGAAUGGGCGGAUUACCUUGUGGACGAGAUCUGCCUUUCCAACAGCGGAUUUACAUUAGACGGCGUGCGUCUUGGCGAGAACAUAAGCAGUCGAUGGUCAAACGGAACAUUCGAUGAAAGCGGUAGGCGAAACAACUUUCAAAUUAGAUUUCAAGUGUUUUUGGGGAAAAGUUACGUAAAAUCUAUUGCCCACUACAGCGAAAUGUGAAUUUAUGUCGAAGCAUAUAGCUGAACCAUCAUUCCUUAAUGGCAUAAAAACAACUGGACCUGUACAUCUGAGCUUUCUUACACGGGCAUCCAUACGAAACUGAAAGUAAGCAACUGCAGCAUUCAGGAUAAUUUCCUUGUCCUAGGUGAGUAAGAAUAAUAAACGUUCAAAAUGAUAUAAUUUAAGGUGAGGUAGAAUUAUUCAGUUAAUAUAUUCCGGAGGACAACUUCUCUCUUAUAGAAUGUUAAAGCAAUUUCCAAAGUCGUAAAAUGUAAAUACGAAACAUGCUAGUGUCUCUGCAAUCGAAAUUCUACACAGUUUAUAAUUUAAUACACCCCUUAAUUUUUCGGUUAAUGUUUCCAAAAGAGUUUAUCGUUUAAAAGAAACGUAGAGGAGGUAAAUGUCCCGGUCACGAAACAUUGGCUUAUUUUAAAACCGAUGGCUUUCGUUUCAAUCGCAAAUAAAUGCCAGUUUACAAGAGUAAAUGUACUCACCUUAGGGAGCAAAAGGUUAACUGCUGUUCUAGAAAGGCCUUUUUGUUCUGGAGAAAAUUUGCGAUCUAAACUACUUUAAAAACCUCUCCAAGCCCUGGCCGAGGUAACAAUUGUUUUACACUUGCAAAAGACUUCAUUAUCUCUUUAAAGCGUUGCAUGGGAAUUUCAAUGAUAUGCGUUUGAAGCGUCCCAACGCACUAUUCUGCAAAUUUGAAGUGGUAUCGUGUAGUACGACGUUUCGUGGCAAAACUCUCUCAGAAAAUGCUAAUUUGCGGGCAUUUUGAAAAUUGGGCGAUGUUAUUUAAGGCUACGGAAGAAACUGUUUAGGUACCGAUGGUCGUUCCAAAGAGGAAGACAAAGAAAAAACACGAACCUGCAGAAAAUGGAAAGAAUUAUUUCACUGGAGCAUUCUUUGCCAAUGAUAUGGAAGAAUAAAUGAAGAUGUUUGAAAACACAGGAUGAGCUUAUUUUAGAAAAAGCGAACAAGAAAUGAUAUCUUAUUACAUCUGCGUAAAAGGUAGAAAAACUUGCUUAGCGAAGAGACAUACGACGAUAUAAACCACCUAUUUUGUACGUGCUCACAGGUUUUAAGAAUGGUCGACCACCUCAAUACAAGCAAAAAUGCCCUUCCUAGAGUGCGGCUUAGAAAGAGGAGACGUAGUCCAUAGAGUAGGGGUUUUGUUCAACCGGCAGUAUUUAGGGCACGUAGUUACUAUGGUACUGCAUACCAUCCGAACUUGGCGGCUCGGAUUCUGGAACUUCAAGCGAAUGCAUAUCUUGUUCCAGCGAUUGCGGUCCUUCUUCGCAGUCCACGUUCUCCCUUUGUAUCGUUGCAGUCAGACUUUUUCUGAAUAAAGAUAAUUUUUUUUUAAAUUGCGAAGACAUUACCAACGAAGACAAGAAAGACUGGAGUGGACAUUUUUGGCUUAUUUACUGCCGUCAGCCGGUCAUUUCCAAUCCCGAGGUGUGUAACAACUGGAACUCGAUUCCGCGGCCUGUUCGUUAGGAGUCCAAGGCACCUAACCACUGGGCCGCGAACUCGUUGUGUUGUCAGUUGCGAUCGAGUAUACAUAAAAUGGUAGAAUUGCGUUCACAGAUCGCGCGACGAAACUCGUCCCGUCAUGCCUUGAUGCUCCCUCUCGAGCCCGCCAGCAGCCGCUAAGCGGGCGUGAUAUAGGAAAAAUAACAUUACCGACAACGACAAAAGGCCGCUGGCGGGGAUCGAGAGGUGACCUCAAGGCGUAACGGGACGCCUGAAUUCGGUAGCGCGAUCGGUGAGUGCUCUUCUACCAUGAUCCUAGUAAGCGCAUACGAUCACCAGCCGUGUUCGAUAACCUGUUUGAAGACCUCCCCAAAUUUCCAAUACUAUUUAAACGUUUGCUCGUAUUCAGUUUACCUGGAAACUAUAGAUUAUAUCAUGUUCGUACUGACUCCCAAAACUGCUUACAGAAGUUAUUCACAGACAAAGCCAUGUUCUCUUUACUUUGCUUAUCGCGUCUAAAGCCAGCAGAGAUACUCAUCGUGGGACUUCUGGGGCUUUAGUCUGCUCUAGACAGUUUGCAGAGGGUCAUGUAGUGUGUAUCCAGUAUAUAUAAAUGUUAACGUGCACGAACGUGUUGCCAGCGUUCUACGUUGACAGAGUGUAAAAGCAUGGCAUUGUAUAGUGUUACGCGGGUAAUAGUUUUGGGGCGUAAGCUAAAGGAUGAAUGUGCUUUUGGAAAGAUAUAUAGCCGAAAAUAUAGUUUCUUCUGAUUAAUUUAAGUUUUUUGUCAUAUUUUCUGCGAUUUCAAAGUAUUCCAUAUUAGUUUUAACAAAUGUAAUCAUAAACAUUAGUCGGCAUCAAGAAUAAACUGCUAAGUGAGAUAUUGCGAUAAAGAGACGGCAUCGCUUUUUCCUUGACAGAUAUAUGUCUAGCUUCACAGACUAUGGGCAAAGACUGUUUUUUUCCUUUAAUGUUAGACGAUAAUUUGUAAUCGAUGGUUUUGGGUCUUGUAAGGUAGUUGAAAGGCGCAUUGUGAUUAUCACUAAUUAUCUUUUUCUAUGAAAUGCUACUCCAUUUUGAAAAUUCGGGAAAGCGAUUUUGUUCGCCUUGAGUAUCGAUAUUAAAUACCAAGUAGCGCCUUUAUCCGAUUUCACUUCUUAACCGUUUUCAUCGUCCGUUGACAACUGCGAUCGUUCUUGCACGAGUGAUGCCAAAUAAAGUUAAUUUCAGAGUAUUAAAUGGACCACAAUUUCAGUGGCCAAUCUUUUUACUGGUAUCGACGAGAACGAUUACACCUGAGAUGAAGCUGAUCUGUUUUAAAUAAUGAACAAAGCAGACCAAUAAGGCAUGCGAGUGACACUCAAAUUCUGCAGAUUGUUCUCUGAAAAGCCCCAAAUAUGGCAAAUGGACGCAAAUAUUCAGAAAAACUACCCAUGGACUUUUAGUUUACCUCAAAAGAAGACAGAAACUUCAAAUUUGUGAGAAUAUCGCAGAAGCAGACUAUUUUUAUUUUCAAACUACGGAUAAAAUAACCACUCUGGUCGAAUACGAAAGGGGGACGUUGAGUGUAAGAGAGCUGUCAAUAGAUGCACAGGUUUUGGAGACAAUUUAGUAUGCGAGACCCAUAAAUCUCGUUCGGAUAGAGAAGCAUAUGCGGGCAUGUUAAGAUACAUGAUCAUCUUUUAUAACUCCAGUACAAGAAUUCUGCUAUUGCUGUUUGCGUGAUUUCCUGACGAAUGUGAGUUUAGAAUAUCUUUUUACAGCAAAGGACGUCGUAGACAACUGGUACCAGGAAGCAACUCGUUUCAAAUACGGAACAGAACCAACAAGCAUUCAGGGAAUCGGUAAGUCGACGGAGUCAGUGUUGCAGUUUUUCACUAGCAUGGACUACGCUUUUUGCUUUGGCUUUGUUGUAGAAAGGUGUAAUUUGAAGGUGAAGUAG